UUUGACAAAUUUAUUAGAAGAUCACAAUCUCCGUCAGCGACUUCUCCAUUGAAGCAAUGAAUCGAUCCUUCUCGGUAACGAAUUGAUGAACAAAAAAUACUGAAAAUUCGUAAGAGCAAAAGAAGAAACCCUAAUUUUGGCGAAUAUAGAAAAUGUCAACAGAAGCUCCUCCUUUUCAAGAAGCAGCACGAUGUGUUGUCUGCAGUUGCAGUUUCAACACCUUCAGGAGACGGCAUCACUGCCGGUCUUGUGGGAGAACAUUGUGCAAUGAACAUUCAUCAGAUCAAAUGGCUUUACCUCAAUUCGGCAUUUACUCCAAUGUCCGUGUAUGUGCUGAUUGUUUCAACAAUUCGCGAUCUGGGAAGGGUGUACCACAAGCUUCUUCAGAUGGAGUAAACAGAAUAACAGAUGCAGUUUCUGAAUUAGAUAUUGAUGCAAAUGAUGAUUCAAAAAGACCACCUACUGCAGAUAAUAAGCUUGUGCCGGGUGUUAAAGAGUGUAAGUGUGGAAUGCCACUUUGUAUUUGUGAAGCUUCUGCCACUUCCUCUGAUGCACUCCCCCAGGAGAAGAAAUCCACCCCAGUUGUUACAGCUCCAUCAAAUCCUAAACCCAAGAAGACAGAUAAUGUUUCCAAAAAUAGAAGUUCCACUUCCACGAACAAGUUUAGUUCUACGUUUAACCCCGGUAAUGCAUCUAGUGGUACCUCAAACAAACCCCAAAUGAAUUAUGAAGUUAAUGGAGAGGGUUUACGAGAAGCAAUAAAAAAUGGUGAUAUUGCUGCUGUAAAAAAACUUCUUAAAGAGGGUGUGGAUGCAAAUUACAGAGAUAAGCAAGGACUGUCUGUAUUGCAUUUGGCUGCUGUUUUCAAUCAAACUGAUAUAGUUUUCAUUCUCAUGGAUUCGGGGGCAAGCCUGGAGUAUAAAAAUGCACAAGGAGAAACGCCUUUAGAUUGUGCUCCUGUUACACUUCAAUACAAAAUGCGACAGAAAAUUGAAGAAAGCAGAUCAAUGGACCAAAGUAAUUGAAUACUCUUACUUUUAUUUGUAGCCUGCUUAUGUGGUGCCCCAAUGUAACUCUGCUACACUAUAUAAUGUGCCAGAACUGAAGUUCAAUUCAUCUCUUUCUCCCAUUCACAUGUCAACCUAUUUAAGACACAUCUUAGAAUUUAUCCAGAUUAAAUCUGUUUGGUGUAUGACAUAUUGAACAUUUUUUUACAAUGUUUGAAUUAAAAGUGUUUUUUUGUGUGUGUA